AUGGGUCACUCAAAUGUUUGGAACUCGCAUCCCAAGAACUAUGGUCCUGGAUCCCGCACCUGCCGAGUGUGUGGAAACCCUCAUGGGAUUAUCAGGAAGUAUGGAUUGAUGUGUUGUAGGCAGUGCUUCCGCAGCAAUGCCAAGGAAAUAGGUUUCAUCAAGAGUUGUUUAGAGAUGAACCCUGCCUGGAGGCUUUAUGGAACUGAUGUUUUAAGUGCCACAUACCAUUCUUGCAACCUUAGCUCAGGAAGUAGGUUUUCUUUUUGUCUGCCUGGAUGGCUUUGUAUUGUUACUAGCAAAGUCUUAUUUCCAAAAGAUUUUUUGAACAUGCAAGCCUUUGAAGAUGCAAGCCCCAAGUAUUCGGCUAGAUCGAAUGAACUAGCAAGAUGUGUAUUUGGAACACUCCCGAUCGUGCUUCUCGCUUUCAUUUUCCCCACCACAAAUGUCGGGUCUCUGUCCCAUAUUUCGUGCUUCGAAAGGCUUCGCCCAUACUUCGAUGACUCUUCUGCGAGGAAAGAUAAGAAAUUAAAGUCAAAAGUUAAUGCUUCUAUACGUGUUCGGGUUUCUGGGCUCUGGAUUUUGUACUUGGUGGCUGGGACGGCUUUAAUGUUCCUUAACUGCUCACCGGGCACAACAUGCUUGGCAAUUGCUGAUGUGGUCUUCACUGACUCUAGCAAUAGCAUGACAAUGGCAGCAACAAGCAGGAAGCUCAAGGAUAAUGGGUAUAAUCCGAAUGGUGAUGUUAAGAGCAAUGCACAGAACGUGAAUCUGGAAGAUUACCAUCCUAUUGAUCCAGUUCCAAGUUCAAAAGCUUCCAUAAAACCUGGUCCCAUUGAGCAUGGCACUCCUCUUAACCCAUAUAUUCCCAAGCCUUCUCCUCCUAGUCCUGGUCAUCCUUUGGGUUAG